GUGGACUGGUGAGGGGGGGCGAGAAUACAACCUCGCGCGCUCGGUCUUACAGGAAUAAAGCCGAAGUAGCACGUUCCAAUAACCAACAAGUAAACCCCGCGGAUGGCGAAAACCUACGGGCCUUAUCGGAUCAUUGACUUGAUGGGAUCUCUUUCUCCUAUCAUGUCCGACUCCCAACGGUUAAACGCAUGAGAUACUGGCCAAAUACGCAUGUCAUUGUAUUACCUCCAUCCGAUAAAUAGGCUUAUCAAGGCGGGGCAAUUUGACGAGAUAACAAAUCGCUGGUCGUCGGCGGCUUCCGACCCUCCACAACACAUCGCCGCCACUUUUGUCUCUGACAGUCCCUGUUUUAUUCUUUUUACUGCCACCUACUACUUAAUGGACGUUCCUGAGUCUUUGUUCUGCCAUCUUGACUCCUGAGUAGAAGACUGUCGAAAGCCAGCUGCCACGUGGAACAUCGCCAGCAAAGAAUCUCCAGAAACAGCUCGAUACGAUUUCUAUACAUACCAAACACCGACAAUGGCUAUCUCUCAAACCCCUUCUCGGGUAUCCGUCCAGCCCAUCGUCCCUCCACAGGGCUCGGCUGUCGACUUUGGAGCCGUUGUCACCAAUGUUGAUAUUGAAAAUCUCACCGAUGCCGAUUUCCAUGUCAUCCGUGAAGCCCUCUUCCAGCACCAAGUCGUCGUCAUCAAGAACCAGGGCCAUGCCUCCCCGAAAGCCCAGUUCGAGAUCACGCAGAGGUUCGACCCCGACGCUGGUGCCUCGUACGGCCACGGCAAGACGGUCGACGCGAAGCGCUCGAUCCUGCACCCGGACCUCAAGACGAUACCCCAUCAGCCCCAGGUGCAGGUCAUUGGCAACGGCUUCGUGGAGGAGUACGAAGGCCUGAAGAACAUCCGGCUCAGGCACCCGCACCACCGCACAUUCCACGCCACCACGAUCCCAGCCGAGGACGACCUGGACUUCACCCGCUUCUACCGCUGGCAUAUCGACGCCGCGCUCUACGGCCUCGCUCCGCCCGUCGCCACCACCCUGCUCGCCGUCCGUGUGCCCGGCGGCCGCACCCAGACGCUCCGCUACGACGACGGCUCCGGCGACGAAAUGACCGUCCCGCUAGGCACCACGGCCUUCGUCUCGGGCUACGCCAUGUACGACCGGCUCACCCCCGAGGACCAGCACUUUGCCCGCACGACGAGGGUCGAGUACGCCCCGCACCCCUACGUCUGGAUGAGCAGCGCAAAGUCCCGCUCCGACGGCCUCGGCCUCGUGUCCGAGGGCAAGGAGGUCCCGCUCGGCGACCUGCCGCCCGUCGAGGAGGACAAGAUUCAGGUCUUGCCCAUGUGCUGGCGCAACCCCGUCACGGGCCGGCUCGCGCUGCAGGUCCACCCGUCGGCGGUGCGGAGACUGCACCUGGCGGACGGCGCCGUGGUCGAGGACCUCGCCGAAGUCCGUGAGAUUGUGCACCGGCUGCAGCGACCGGGUAUCGCGCCCGGGAACGUCUACGCCCACGACUGGGAGCAGGGCGACUUUGUAAUCUUCCACAACCGAGGUGUGAUUCACUCGGUCGUCGGUGCCUUUGCAGAAGACGAGGUUCGCUUGUUCCGGCAGUGUAACAUCGCUGCCAGUCGGCUUCCCGAGGGGCCCGUUUGAGCGCGCACUGCGGGCUGUGUAGUAACCUUGUCGGGGGGGUUUUUGGUUUUAUUUUUUGAAUGUUUUACCUAGCCAGGUCAUGGUAUCUAUCCAUAGAUAGCUUAAUGAAACCUUUGUAUAAU